AUGUCAAAAGCUACAUAUAAAGAACGUGCUGCUACUCAUCCUAGUCCUGUUGCUGCGAAGCUAUUCAACAUUAUGCACGAAAAGCAAACAAACUUGUGUGCUUCAUUGGAUGUUCGUACCACCAAGGAAUUAUUAGAGUUAGUAGAAGCAUUGGGUCCCGUGAUUUGCCUAUUGAAGACACAUGUGGAUAUCUUGACUGAUUUUUCCAUGGAGGGCACAGUUAAGCCACUAAAGGCAUUAUCCGCCAAGUACAAUUUUUUACUAUUCGAAGACAGAAAAUUUGCUGAUAUUGGUAAUACAGUUAAAUUGCAGUACUCUGCGGGUGUAUACAGAAUAGCGGAAUGGGCAGACAUUACCAAUGCACACGGUGUGGUAGGCCCCGGUAUUGUCAGCGGAUUGAAGCAAGCGGCAGAAGAAGUGACAAAGGAACCCAGAGGUCUUUUGAUGUUGGCAGAAUUGUCAUGCAAGGGCUCCCUAGCUACUGGAGAAUACACCAAGGGCACUGUAGACAUUGCAAAGAGUGACAAAGACUUUGUUAUCGGCUUUAUUGCUCAAAGAGACAUGGGUGGGAGAGAUGAAGGCUACGACUGGUUGAUCAUGACACCCGGCGUGGGCUUAGAUGACAAGGGAGACGCAUUGGGCCAACAGUAUAGAACCGUUGAUGAUGUGGUCUCUACGGGGUCUGAUAUCAUUAUUGUUGGUAGAGGGUUAUUUGCAAAGGGAAGAGAUGCUAAGGUAGAAGGUGAACGUUAUAGAAAAGCGGGCUGGGAGGCGUAUUUGAGAAGAUGCGGCCAGCAAAAUUAA